AUGGCGGAGGCAAAGAAGCAAACCCCAGGUCGCCGUCGAAUCGCAUGCAAGAUCAUCGAGGAUAAAGCUGCACGCGAGGUCACGUUCUCCAAGCGACACCAGGGCAUGUUCCGGAAGGCGAGCGAGCUUGCCAUCCUAUGUGGCGCCCAGGUCGCGAUCAUCGCCUACUCGCCCCACGGCAACCCCUUUGUCUUCGGCCACCCGUCGGCCGAUGCUGUCAUCGACCGCUAUAACUCUGGUGGAGGUGGUGCCCAAGCAAGCGAGGCGGCGACAGCAGCUGCUCUCCGCGCUUUUGAUGAGCACAAGAAGCAAUACCGAGAUGCAGUGUCGAAGCUCGAAGAGGCGAAGAGAGACGCGAUCGAAGCCAGAGAGAGAAGAGCUGCUGGUAAUUGUUCCGGUCAUAUGUGGUGGGACGGGCAUGUUGAUGAUGGCGUGGGAGUGGAAGAGUUAGAGCAUUAUGUAGCUUCCCUGGAGAAUUUGAUGAAGAGGGUCGCUGAUAAAUUAGAUAUUAGAGUUUGUGUGUAA